AUGGCGGCGGAGGCCUCGACGGCUCAGCUGGCCUUGUCUUUCUACCGGAAGAUAGGGAGGAAGAGUCGGCCUCGGGGUCCCGCCGAGAUCCAGUGCAGUCGGUGUGGAAGAAGGGUGUCCAGAGCAUCAGGUCAUUACCAUGAACUUCAGUGUGGACAUGCUUUUUGUGAACUGUGCUUGUUAGUAACUGAAGAAUACAGCACAAUUACAUGCCCUGAUUGUGAGGUUGCUGCUGCUAUAAAUAUGAGACAAGGCUACUACUCAAUAGAUGGAUAUAUUAAAGAAGACUCUUUAAUGGAAAAACUGCCGCCUAAAAUGAUUAACAGUUGUUCUCAGGACUUUGAGAAGACUGCUCAUCAGCUAACUAUUGGGUUAGAACAUUCAACCUCCACACAUAGGACUGUUUCGAACUCAUCAGCUGUCAUGUCGGAGAUUAAAACUGCUGAAGAAAUUGAUGAAGCAUUGAAGAUAGCAGGCUAUAAUUUUGAACAAUUAAGUAUUGCUGUAAAAAUGCUUGAACAUACACAGAAUCAAACAAGAAAGGAGACAGAAAGUGUUAUAGGGGUUGUGGAGAAAAAAUUUGACCAACUUUUUGCUUGUCUUGAUUCCAGGAAAAAGAACCUGUGCGAAGAACUUGUAAGAAAUACAGAUGAUUAUCUAUCAAAUUUAACAAUGACUAAAAGCUACAUUGAAGAGAAAAAGAAUGAUUUGGAUGCAGCUAUGAAGAUAGCAAGAGAGUUAAAAUCAGCACCUUCUCUAAGACCAUAUUGUGACCUUAACCAGAUUAUCCGGACGUUGAAGUUAACAUUAGAUAGUGAAUUGUCACAAGUUAACUCUCUAAAACUAAGGAGCUCUCCCAGGUUGAAUAUGAAUUGCAGUGAGAUCAUCUGUAUGUUCAACAAUAUGGGAAAGAUUGAAUUUGUGGACUCAAAAUGUUAUCCUCAAGAAAAUGAGAUUGGACAGGAUGUUCAAAAGAAAUAUAAUAAAAAAGAACUCUCUUGUUAUGAUACAUGCCCAUCACUAGAACAAAAAAAGGCUGACAUGUCUGUUUCAACCAAUGAGACACCACCACCUCCUUUGCAACAGGAAACCAGUGAUGUUCACUUAGAAGCAAAAAACUUCCAGCCACAAAAAGAAGUUGUUGCAAUGGCAUCCCCUAAAACCAUUGCUGUGUUUCCUCAAAUGGGAUCUAGCCCUGAUGUGAUAAUUGAAGAAAUUAUUGAAGAAAACCUGGAAAGUUCUCCAGAGCUGGUUUUUGUAAGCCAUGUAAUACAUCCUUGCCACUUUUACAUUCGGAAGUAUUCACAAAUAAAAGAUGCAACAUUAUUGGAAAAGAAGGUGAAUGAAUUUUGCAAUAAGAGUUUACACCUGGAUCCUUCAGACGUUUUGGAGCUAGGUUCAACAGUAUUUGUCAACAGUAUUGAAAAUGGAAUGUGGUGUCGAGGAACUAUCACUGAAUUAAUUCCAAUAGAAAGUAAAAAUACCAGAAAACCUUGUAGUCCAACCAAAUUUUCAAUCCGUGAAGUUGCAUUGAUACAAAUAUUCAUGGUAGAUUUUGGAAAUUCAGAAGUCCUAAUUGUCGCAGGAAUUGGUGAUAGUCACAUGACACCAGAACACAUUGCUGAGCAGCAUAUUGUACUUGAUGAUUUAUGUCUGAUUCUAAGAAAGUCUGACCUGUACAUUAAAGGGCUGCUGAAAGACAUCCAGCCCUUAGCACAGCCUUGCUCGUUGAAAGACAUUGUUCCACAGAAGUCAAAUGAAGGCUGGAAAGAGGAAGCUAAAGUGGAAUUUUUGAAAAUGGUAAAUAACAAGGCUGUUUUAAUGAAAGUUUUUAGAGAAGAAGAUGGUGUGCUUAUUGUAGAUCUACAGAAACCACCAACAAAUAAAAUAAGCAGUGAUAUGCCUGUGUCUAUUAGAGAUGCAUUAGUUUUUAUGGAACUAGCAAGGUUUAGGUCACAAUCACCAAGAAGUUACUUUGAAAAAAAUACAGCUUUACAUUACCAUCCACCUAUUUUGCCUGAAGAAACAACAGAUGUUUCCGUUAUGGUUUGUCAUAUAAACAGUCCUACAGAUUUCUAUCUUCAAUUGAUAGAUGGCCUGGAUUUUUUGUUAUUAUUAAAGACAAUUGAGGAAUUUUAUAAAAGUGAAGAUGGAGAAAAUCUGGAAAUCCUCUGUCCAGUUCAAGAUCAAGCCUGUGUAGCUAAAUUUGAAGAUGGUGUUUGGUACCGAGCAAAAGUCACGGGAUUGCCUGGGCAUCGAGAAGUUGAAGUUAAAUAUGUGGACUUUGGUAAUAGUGCAAAAAUAACAGUUAAAGAGAUGCGUAAAAUAAAAGAUGAUUUUCUGAAUAUCCCAGAGAAGGCAAUUAAAUGUAAGCUGGCUUAUAUUGAACCAUGUAAAGGGACGGUGCAGUGGUCCAUAAAAGCUAAAGAAAAAUUUGAAGAAAAGACUCAAGAUAAAUUUAUGACAUGUUCAAUUAUUAAAAUUCUGGAAGACAAUGUGCUUCUAGUUGAACUUUUUGAUUCUCAUGGUACUCCAGGAAUGACUCCUACUAGUAUUAAUGACCAGCUUGUCAAAGAGGGCCUAGCAUCUUAUGAAGUAGGGUACACCCUCAAAGAUGAUUCUAAAAAGCAUAUUGAAGUAUGGGAUCCUUCUCCAGAAGAAAUUAUCUCAAAUGAAGUAAACAACUUAAAUGCUGUGUCUACAAAAUCUCUACCUAAUGAGAAUUUCCAAUCACUUUAUAAUAAGGAACUGCCUGUGCAUAUCUGUAAUGUGAUCUCUCCUGAGAAGAUUUAUGUUCAGUGGUUAUUAACAGAAAACCUACUUAAUAGUUUAGAAGAAAAGAUGAUAGCUUUUUAUGAAAACUCAAAAUGGAAACCUGUUAAAUGGGAAAAUGAUAUGCACUGUGCUGUUAAGAUCCCAGAUAAGAAUCAGUGGCGAAGAGGCCAGAUCAUCAGAAUGGUUACAGACACAUUGGUAGAGGUCUUGCUGUAUGACGUGGGUGUUCAACUAGUAGUGAAUAUUAACUGCUUAAGAGAACUUGAAGAAAAUCUAAGAACAAUGGGAAGAUUAUCUUUGGAAUGCUCUCUUGUUGAUAUAAGACCAACUGGUGGGAGUGACAAGUGGACAGCAACAGCUUGUGACUGUCUUUCAUUGUACCUGACUGGAGCUGUAGCAACGAUAAUCUUACAGGUAGGUAGUGAAGAAAACAGUACAACAUGGCCACUACCUGUGAAAAUUUUCUGCAGAGAUGAAAAAGGAGAGCGUGUUGAUGUUUCUAAAUAUUUGAUUAAAAAGGGUUUGGCUUUGAGAGAAAGGAGAAUUAAUAAAUUCGAUAACAGCCACUUAUUAUCUGAGAAGUCUGUUGAAAUCCCCCUGGAACAAGAAGGUUCAAUAGUUACUAAUUGUAUUAAAAUCGACUCUGACCCUGACAAAAAAGCUGCUGAUACAAUCAAUGAACAUAAGUUGUCUGAGGUUACAGAGAACAUUCUAGAACCAAGAACCACUGGAUGCUAUAAACCACCAGCUAUUCCUAACAUCAAAGUAUUUGAGGCAGUAGUCACCUGCAUUGGUGAUGAUGGAACUAUAUUUGUAGUACCUAAACUGUCAGAAUUUGAGCUAGUAAAAAUGAUGAAUGAAAUACAGCGUAAUUUAAAAUGCCUUGGUCUUUUGGAGCCUUAUUUCUGGAAAAAGGGAGAAGCCUGUGCAGUAAGAGGAUCUGAUACUAUGUGGUAUCGAGGCAAGGUGAUGGAAAUUGUAGGUGGCACAAUCAGGGUACAAUAUUUAGAUCAUGGAUUCACUGAGAAAAUUCCACAGUGUCAUCUUUACCCUAUUUUGUUGUAUCCUGAUAUACCCCAGUUUUGUAUUCCUUGUCAGCUCUAUAAUACCAUACCUGUUGGGAAUGUCUGGCAACCAGAUGCAAUAGAACUUCUUCAGGAGCUGCUUUCAAAGAGAGAAGUGGAAAUACAUAUUAUGGAAUUACCAAAAAGUCCAUGGGAGAAGUUAUCCAUUCAUCUUUAUUUUGGUGGAAUGUCACUUUCUUACUUUAUGGCACACUAUAAAUAUUGUACUUUUGAACAUUCUGAGGAGAUAAUGAAAGAAAAACCAACAGAUUGUGAUAAAAAGUAUGAGGAAGAAGAAUGGGAAAUAAGAUUUGAGGAAUUGCUUUCCUCUGAAACAGAGACUGCUAUUUUACCACCAUAUUUGUCUUCAUCUCUACCUCCCCCAGAAGAAUUCUAUGCUGUUCAAGUGAAACAUGUUGUCUCACCUAAUGAGGUGUAUAUUUGCCUUGAUUCUGUAGACCACUAUAAUCACUGUAACCAGCACAGUGACACAGAUGAUAGUGGAGUCAGCUGGGAGUCAGAAUCUGAGAGCCUCGAUGAAGCACUGCAGAGGUGUAAUAAGAAUGUGGAGAUGUUUCCUCCUCUGACAGAUUUUAGAACAGAAAUGCCUUGCCUUGCAGAAUAUGAUGAUGGCUUAUGGUAUAGAGCAAAGAUUGUUUCCAUUAAAGAAUUUAAUCCUUUAACUGUUCUAGUACAGUUUGUUGAUUAUGGAUCAACUGAAAAGCUGACAGUAAACAGACUGCGUCAAAUUCCUCUUCAUCUCAUGCAAUAUCCAGCACGAGCUGUAAAGGUUCUCUUGGCAGGGUUUAAACCUCCCCUAAAAGAUUCAGGAAAGACAAGAAUACCAUAUUGUCCUGAAUGGAGCAUGGAGGCAUUGUGGGCUAUGAUAGACUGUCUUCAAGGAAAGCAACUUUAUGCUUCUUCCAUGGCUCAGGCACCAGAGCAAAUAGUGACAUUAUAUGAAGACGAGCAGAACGCAGUUCAUAUGUCCUUAGUAGAAGUGGGGCUCGCAGACGUAGAUGAAUGA